AUGCUAGACCUUGGAGUCAGACAGUUGGAGAUCCACGGGGAUUCCAACUUGGUUAUUCAGCAGACUCAAGGUAUUUGGAGGACUCGGGAUGAGAAGUUGAAGCCAUAUCAUGCUUAUUUGGAUUUAUUGGCUGAUAGGUUUAAGGAGUUGAGAUAUAUACAUCUGCCCAGGGUAGAAAAUCAGUUUGUUGAUAUGUUAGCCACCUUGGCUUCUAUGAUUGAGAUUAUUGCGGGAGUGACUGUGCGACCAUUGUUGAUUGAAAUUAGGUCCGCACCAGCUUAUUGUUGUUUGAUUGGGGAUAUUGAGGACCAAGAUGAGUUGUCCUAG